CUCCUCCGGCUCGGAUCUCCUCCCCCCGUUAAGCUCCAGGCUUUCGGCGGCUGCUCCGAGGAGAAUCCCCUGUUCAGCCCUCCUGGUGCGGUCCUAGAAGCGCCCAAGACAGCUGCCUGCUGGAAUCGCAGGAAACCAACAGAACCAUGGCAACUCCCUCAGCUGCCUUUGAGGCCCUUAUGAAUGGAGUAACAAGUUGGGAUAUCCCCAAGGAUUCUGUUCCAUGUGAACUUCUUCUUAUUGGAGAGGCUUCAUUUCCUAUAAUGGUGAAUGACGUGGGCCAGGUCCUCAUUGCUGCCUCUACCUAUGGUAGAGGUCGCAUGGUGGUAGCAUCUCAUGAGGACUUCUUUUUGGAAAGCCAGCUCUUUGUCUUUCUGGUCAAUGCUGUUGGGUGGCUUCGUUCCUCCCCUGAGUUAGCCAUUGGCGUGCACUCGUCUUUAGCACCACUGGUGAAAAUCCUCGAGAGCUGCGGAAUAGAGGCCAAGAUUGAGCCGGAAGUGAAUGACUCCCUGGGUGUUUACUGCAUUGAUGCCUACAAUGAAACCAUGACAGAUAAGCUAGUCCAGUUUGUGAAACGUGGAGGGGGCUUGCUCAUCGGAGGCGAGGCCUGGGAUUGGGAACCCCAGAAUGAUGAUGAUGAUGAUAGAGUUCUGUUUGCAUUUCCUGGGAAUCUGGUGACCAGUGUGGCUGGUGUGUACUUCACUGACAACAAAGCAGACACAAGUUUCUUUAAAGUCUCCAAGAAGAUGCCUAAGAUACCCAUCUUAGUUCGUUGUGAUGAUGACCUCUCAGAAGACAGAGAUGAGCUUCUACGUGGCAUCAUAGACCUGGAUAUCACCAACUCGGACUGCUUCCCAUCCCAGUUACUAGUGCAUGGGUCUUUAGCUUUUCCUGUGGGGCUAGAUACCUACCAUGGCUGUGUGAUAGCUGCUGCACGCUAUGGCCGGGGUCGGGUGGUUGUAACUGGUCACAAGGUAUUAUUCACUGUGGGUAAACUCGGCCCCUUUUUACUCAAUGCUGUCCGCUGGCUGGAUGGUGGCCGCAGAGGCAAGAUUGUGGUGCAGACAGAGCUGAGAACACUAAGUGGUCUGCUCGCAGUAGGGGGUAUAGACACCAGCAUUGAGCCCCACCUAACCAGGGAUGCAAGUGUCUACUGCUUCGAACCCACGAGCGAUGUGGGGAUUAAGGAACUACAGGAGUUUGUAGCAGAGGGUGGUGGGCUGUUUGUUGGAACCCAAGCCUGGUGGUGGGCUUUUAAGAACCCAGGAGUGUCCCCUCUGGCUCGAUUCCCAGGAAACCUGCUCCUCAACGCCUUUGGUAUCAGCAUCACAAGCCAAAGCCUCAAUCCAGGACCUUUCCAUAUCCCUAAAGCAGGAAAAAGAAUCUAUCACUUCCGCUCUACCCUAGCAGAGUUCCAGAUGAUAAUGGGCAGGAAGAGAGGGAAUGUGGAGAAGGGCUGGCUAGCCAAGCUGGGCCCAGAUGGGGCAACUUUCCUGCAGAUUCCUGCAGAGGAGGUCCCUGCUUACAUGUCUGUACACAGACUCCUGCGGAAGCUGAUGAGCCGCUAUCGGCUUCCAGUGGCAACCAGAGAGAACCCGAUCAUCAAUGACUGUUGUAGGGGGGCCAUGCUUUCCCUGGCCACAGGUCUGGCCAACUCUGGAAGUGACCUCUCACUGCUGAUCCCAGAAAUUGAAGACGCGUACAGCAGCCGCUACCUGCGCCCCUCACCGUCUCCCAUCACCGUGAAGGUCAACUGCAACAAUCCAGGGACUCGAUACUGCUGGAUGAGCACUGGACUCUAUGUACCUGGAAGGCAAGUCAUAGAAGUCUCCUUGCCUGCAAGCGCUGUCUCUGCUGAUCUGAAGAUACAAAUUGGCUGUCAUACUGAUGACCUGUCCAGGGCCAGCAAACUGUUCCGAGGCCCCCUGGUGAUUAACCGGUGUUGCUUGGACAAACCCACGAAAUCGGUCUCCUGCCUCUGGGGUGGUCUCCUCUAUAUCAUUGUGCCUCAGCAUAGCAAACUGGGUUCUGUGCCCUUCAUUGUGAAGGGGGCUGUUCGUGCUCCAUUCUACAAGCUAGGGGAGACAUCCAAGGAAGUAUGGAAGCGGCGUCUCCUGGAAUAUCCAGGUCCGUGGGGAGAACUGGCCACUAAGAACAUCAUCCUGACUGUGCCCACUGCAAAUCUUCGAACUCUGGAGAAUCCUGAGCCACUGCUCCGCCUCUGGGAUGAGAUGAUGCAGGCUGUGGCUAAGCUGGGAGGCGAGUCCUUCCCUUUGCGUCUGCCACAGAGGAUAGUGGCUGAUGUUCAGAUCUCAGUAGGCUGGAUGCAUGCAGGGUACCCCAUCAUGUGCCAUCUGGAGUCAGUGCAGGAACUCAUCAGUGAGAAGCUCAUCCGGACCAAGGGGCUGUGGGGUCUUGUGCAUGAGCUGGGCCGCAACCAGCAGAGGCAGGAGUGGGAGUUCCCCCCACAUUCUACGGAAGCCACAUGCAACCUGUGGUGUGUUUACGUGCAUGAAACGGUCCUGGGCAUACCUCGAAGCCGUGCCAAUAUUGCACUAUGGCCCCCUGUUCGGGAGAAGAGAGUACGAAUCUACUUGAGCAAGGGACCCAGUGUGAAAAAUUGGAAUGCCUGGACUGCGUUGGAAACAUACCUACAGCUCCAAGAGGCCUUUGGUUGGGAGCCAUUUAUUCGUCUCUUCACUGAGUACAGAAACCACACGAUAAGCUCGCCCACAGACAAUGUCGACAAAAUGAAUCUAUGGGUCAAGAUGUUCUCCCAGAAAGUGCAGAAGAAUCUGGCUCCAUUCUUUGAGGCCUGGGGCUGGCCUAUCCAGAAGGAAGUAGCUACAAGCUUAGCCUCCCUGCCUGAAUGGAAAGAAAAUAUAAUGAAAUUGUACAUCCUCACACAGAUGUAAGGAGUGCCCAUCGAGGUGGCAGGCCACGCCUAACCUGAACUCCAGGAAUACAACAGAAAACUGAGACCUCUCCGCAAAGGAAACUAAAAGCAUUUGGUUGGAGAAGAUCUCAACAAAUUUCUGGAAGAGAGAAAAAUAAAAGAAGAGAAAUUAUGAAUGGGAAACAUGCGGUCGAUUUCAGACAGAAUUCACUGAUCCGAACACUGGAACCUCAAAGAGACUUGAGCACUAGAAAACUCUAGCUACUAAAUACUUGUACCAGUUAUAAAUUGACCCCCAUUCUACUCAGCCCCGACCCUUGUACAUAGAUCACAGUAAACCUACCAUCGAUGCUAGUGAAACUGUUAUUGUUAUUGUUGUUUGAAUAAAGAAAUCAAAUAAACCACCUGAGGAGAAGUAAAGAAUUAGUGCUCCAAAUGAUAUUCUUUUCACAGAAUAACUGCCCCACUAACCUGUCACGUAAUUUUUCUUCUCAGAGUUGAGACCUUUACUCACAUGAUCACAGCUUCUAGGUAUAGCAGAGAUCUGCGGGAGAAACAGGCGUCAUUUAAUGAGCCAAUAGUUAACAAAGGCUCUCAGUGUGGAUUUCCUCAUAGAAAUUUUCAUACAUGGAAGGGCCCAAGGAAGAAGCAUAAGGAAAAUUUCCUCUUAGACAUAAAAAGCUUGAAAAAUUAUAAACUAAAGGAAACAUAAUUUAUAAGAAAAAAAUCAGUUAAGAUUCUGAUCAUUUCUCCAGAGAGACUUGAGGUGCAUUACAAAUAUACAUUCAGGAGAGAAAAUCCUGAACAGUUUAAAAGCAAAAUUAGACUGCCAUAAAUAUUCAGCAGAUAAGCUGGAAAACAAGAUAGAAUGAAUCUCCCCUUAUAUGCAUCAAAAUGAAAUAACAAACAAUAGGAAAGAAGGAAAAACACAAUCCCUGUUUAACUGUUAAGAGUUUCCAGAAGUCAGGACAGAGAUCCUGGACAGUUGAAGAAUAAGAAAGACUUGAGAAACACCAGAUUGAGAGGACCCAGUACUAGAAAACUCAUCAACCACAUCUAGGCACAGUCCUAAGAGAAGUUGGAACAGUGGAGCUACAAGGAGUAAGUUGAAAGUGCCCGGGGAAGGAGAAACCGCUAAGCCAAAUCUGAGAAUUCUAGCAGUGCUAAAUGCCAGAAGUCAAGGAACCAGUGGUUGACAUUUGAAAAUUUAUGCUCCCAGAACUCCAUAAAGUACAGACUAUCAGAAGUAAUAUAAAAAAUAAAAACACUUUUGGGCAGGUGAAUCUUUAGAAACUCUGCCUCCCUCCUUUGUACCCUUAUUAAGGAAGUUUUCCAUUUAAAAGAAAACUUUCUUUCCAUAUAUAUGGACGAAAGUCGCCCCCCCCAAAAAAAAGAAGAAGAAAGACAAUGGGAGACCAGUGGCCCUCUUCCAGGAUGUCUCUGUCUAAAGUGGUAGAUAUCAGAAGAGAGCACUACCCUGGGCUCUGGGAAGAAUGUGCUAGAGUUGCACUGAGGAAAUGGGACACUUGGAGAUAUGAAAGGCAUACAGUCUUUAAUCACAAAAAUUAAGCAGAAUGUCAAGAAAUUUGGGCUGAACCAUGAAGGAAAAUAGAAUGGGAUAGGAUUUCAAAGCCUCAUGAAGUAUGAGAAGAGACUUGAUUGGACAUUGGUGGUGGGUAUGUUUGAUAUGCCCCUUGAUAUGGGCAUCAUGGCACUGGGAGUGUAGAGAAAAUAAGUUUCUUCCACUUGGCUUGGUAAAAGAAUUUUAAUAGCCCAAAUAAUGUAGAUGCCACUUAUAGAUUUUCAAUGUUUUGAUCAGCCUAUCAAGCAAGUCUAAAAGGUUUAAUUUUACACCCAGAACAGAGAUGGAAAGGGAUGUUGACAAGUUGAUGCAGAAAGCAAAGUCUGAAUUAGUUGAGAGAAGAGAAGUAGAAGGAAAAAUGGAGUUACUUAAGAAUUUGAGGUGGGGAUGAAAUGAUGCUGUCUUCAGAUAAUAGAACACGGUUGUAUGGUUAGUGUGCUGGUUAAUGCUAUAAAUUAGACCCUCAAAAGAAUAUCUAUCAUUGGGGAAGGGUAGGCAGGGGAAAGGUGGUGCAUGUUAAAUCCUUAUCUUUUGUAAUGGUGAAAUAUUAAAGAUUGUCUAAUGUUAAUAAGUCCAGAGAUUAUUGUUCAAAUGUGUUAUUUAAAGGUAGGAAGUUAGCCAUCAGAAGAUCCAAAAAUAGAUAUGAAAAGCAUCUAAUAAAUGAGACUAGAGGGGGUGGGGUGGGAACUGUGUUUUUAUUCAUGUACUUCUGUACUAUUUACUUCUUUUUACUUUGUGCAUGUAUUAUUUGGAAAAGUUUAUAAUAAAGUCAAAUAAAAGA